GUUCACUGAGUUGACACAACCUGGUUACUUCGCUCUCUCUCUCUUUCUAAAAUCCUAAGAUGUCAAUUUUUCAUGUCAUUCUCUGCCUUCAGUGUUGUACUUCAUUUCUCAGGUCAGUGAUCAAUCUUUCGUUAAUUCUCUUUUACAUAUAAACUUCUUGUUUUACCGGAGGAAAUAGCACAAACUGUUCAUGAACUCUUGCAAUGCUGGUAAAGCUCCAGCCUUUGACAUUUUCCAAGAGAAUCCCUUUCUGGGUCUGCUCAGGUGCAUGCAUUUCUUCAGCUUCAUGUGCUAAAACCGUUGAAUGUUUCCCGGGAAACAAUCAAGACCCACCAAAUUCAUCCGACUUUGAACAAAAUAUCCAGUCUUUGAGGAAUAAGCUUGUUCCUGAUAACUUAAUACGGGUUUUAGAUAACACUGAUGAUUUGGGCUCAGCAGUGAAGGUAUUCAAAUGGGCUUCCCUCCAAAGACGGUUUAACCACACCGCAGAUACAUAUUAUCGGAUCAUUCUGAAACUGGGUUUAGCUGGAAAGGUUGAGGAAAUGGAAGGGUUUUGUCAAAAUAUGGUGAAAGAUAAAUGCCCAGGUGUUGAAGAGGCUCUUUUGGCAUUGGUUGAUAUGUUUGUUAAACAUUGUAGGCAAAGUGAGGCAAUAAGGGUACUUGUGAAUAUGAAGGCAGGUGGCUAUAGGCCCCCAAUUGAGACAUUUAAUGCUGUAUUGGGCUCUCUUGUGGAGGAUAAGAGAGAUUUUCAAGAUGUCUUGUUUGUCUAUAAGGAGAUGGUGACGGCAGGGAUCUUACCAACUAUUGAAACUUUGAAUUAUUUGUUAGAGGCAUUGUUGGAGACCGACCACAUUGAGUCUGCUUUGGGUCAGUAUAGGAGAAUGAAGAAGAAAGGGUGUAGCCCUAAUGGUAGGACCUUUGAGAUACUCAUAAAGGCUCUUAUUGCAAAAGGUAGAGUGGAUGAAGGUGUUAUUGUUUUAAGUGAAAUGCCUGAACUUGGUUGUCAGCCUGAUUUGAGUUUUUAUUCCACCCUAAUACCUUUGUUUUGUCAGAAUAAUAGACCUGAGGAGGGAAUCAGACUGUUCGAAAUGAUGAGAGCUUCCAAUUUUAUGCCGGAUUCAUUGAUUUGUGGGGUUCUGUUACAGUGUUUAUGCAAGAACCUUUGUUUAAAUGAUGCGAUAAAGGUUCUAGAAGAUAUGAUGGAAACUGGAUUGACACCAGCUAAUGAUGCGUUUGCGGACGUAGUAAAUGUGUUCUGUAAAUUAGGGAAGAUAGAUGAUGCUAUGAAGUUCUUGGAAGAUAAGCAUAUCCUAGAAACUUCUGCCUGCAAUGUAUUGCUUGAAGGUUGCUGCAGUGCUGGUAAAUUUCUUAUGGCAAAAGACCUACUUGUGAAAAUGUCUGAAAGUGAUGUAGCUGAUUGUAAUUCGUGGAAUAUCCUUAUCAGAUGGCUUUGCGAGAAUUCCAGGAUUAGUGUAGCGUUUGAAAUUCUAGGUAGAAUGGUGGUGUCUUCUUCUCUUCCUGACUGUGCCACAUACUCAGCUCUAGUUAUUGGAAACUGCAAAAUGAGCAACUACAGAAAUGCUCUGGAUUUAUUUCAUCACGUCCGUGCCAAAAGCUGGGUUUUGGAUCCUACAUCUUACUCUGAGCUUGUCAAAGGCCUUUGCCUGGUGGAAAUGACUCAUGAGGCCACUGAAGUGUUCUGUUACAUGUCUAGUAAUAGGUGCUCUAUCCGGUCUUCCUCGUUCAAUAUGUUGAUCAAGGGUGUAUGUGAGACAGGAAAGGUUGAUGAAGCAAUAAGGCUACAAAAAUUGGCCUAUUAUUCUGGUACUUCUUCUACCAGUUCAACUUACUCAGCUAUUAUGCUUGGAUUGUCAAAAUUAGACAAGGCAAAAGAUCUGCUAGUAGUUCUCUCAAAAAUGUUGGUGGAGGGUUCCAAUCUUGAUCUGGAUGCAUAUUGCAUACUCAUACAAAGCAUGAGUCUGCAGAAUCGAGUAAAAGAAUGCCUAUUGCUUUUCCGUAUGAUGGUCAACAAGGGUCUUAUACCUGAUUCAGAGAGACUAUUUAAUCUACUGUCUUGUAUAGCCAACCUUUCUCAGCUGCACGUGAUUUCAGAUUCAAUUGAUAAGCUUGCUUCUAGUAGCAAAGCUCUGAAUUCAGCAAUUUAUAAUGUACUGAUUAACGGCCUCUGGAAAGAGGGUUAUAAACUUGAGGCCUGUCGAUUGUUGGAUAUAAUGUUGGAAAAGGGUUGGGUCCCAGAUGCUAAGACUCAUGGAUUGCUUAUUGGUUCUGCUGUUAGCCAAGAAGUAGAUUGGAACGUGUUGGACUAUGAUAAUUGUACUGUCCAAGAUACUGUUAGCAACAUCCUUGCAGAGGGAUUAGAUGUGGCAUGAAUCAUGAUACUUCUGUCCCAAUAAUCAAUUCAUGACCCGUUCGUCGCUCAACUAUCUUGGUGAAGUGUGCUUUUGUUACAUGUUCACUAUUGAAGAUUUUGUCUCCAAAAUCAAUCACAGCUGAGCUAGUUUGUAGCUAUGGUGCCUAGUGCAGUGGAUCGGGGGUAUGAUUGUUGCCUACCCUGUUCAAUAGUUUUCUUCACCUUCACGUACCAUGCGCAUUGAUCUCUUGUACAGAUUCUAACCCUCAACCAAGACCAAGAAAGCAAAAAAUCCUUCAAAAAGUAAUGGAUGCGGAAGACAGAAUGCAAAUCAGUGAUGUCCUAUUUGAGCUAGCUGCCUGGGGAAGCUUUAUGUAAUCAAAAGAAAUUGAAGCCACUUCAAAUGUAGAAGAUUGCCAAGUCAGAACCAAGCAUCCCUAAUGAGACUUGUACGGACCUCACUUGUUGUGCGGUACUUUACUCCUAGGCAAGAAGGGUCAAGAAUGAAAUGAUAGACAAACUGGGGUGAAGGUUGGGAUCGAAGAUUCAAGCAGGGCAGCUUUUCCCUGUGCAAGUGGUUCAUGAACCCUCCUUGUUUUGCUUUUAGUAAUAUAAGUUUGAACUGAUAAAAGACAUAUAACAGAAGUGUAAGGAGGAAAUUGAUAAGUGUCAGUCUGCAGAUAGACUUUUCAGAAAUUUCCUCCUUUUAAAAAAAUAAAAAUAAAAAUUCUUG